GAACUCGCAAGUACUGUCGACUCUUCCCAACCGUCCUGCAGUUCACCAGUCACGAGGGACUAUCAUUAUCUUUUAGCUGAGACCCAUCGAUGCUUCGACAUUCGUCUUCGUCAAUGAUAUAAGCUGUGCUCGCUUUUGUUUGGUGAUGCCAUUGCUGCAUCUUGCAAGAUAGGGGGUGGGAGGUGGAGCCGCAGUGAUUAAUUAGGUGCUGGUAGUUCAAUCACGAAUCAGCCUGCAGAUUUCGUGUUUCAGUUGCGUUCCUUGUGGGUGUGGUCAUCGCUUUAGUCGGACGUGGGAUCCAUUGGAUGCAGCGUGGGGUGGGGCUGUUUAGUUCGUGAAUUGGUUCCUGCUUGCUGUUGCUACGAACAUCUCAAUUCUUAGCGGACGCAUCAGAGAUUUCCAGAUCGACGAGCGCGACUUCUAUAGUUAUUAGAAUUCUCAGAGGAUAAAGGCAGUAGUCAGCAAUGGCAGAGAAUGGACAGAAGGAGCUUCACGAUGGCCCGGACAUCGGCAAGCACGUCACCCACCCUCCGGCGCCCCACUUUACCCGAGUCGCGAACCCGGCGCCCUUGGGGCUCAUGGGAUUCGCCCUAACCACGUUCGUCUUGUCGUGCUACAAUGCAGGCAUCUUCGGGAUCUCCGUGACGACGCCCCCGAACGUCGUCACAGGGCUGGCGCUCUUCUACGGCGGCCUGGCCCAGCUCCUCGCAGGAAUGUGGGAAUUCAGAACGGGCAACACAUUUGGAGCCACUGCGUUUACCUCAUACGGAGCCUUCUGGCUUUCCUACGCUGCGAUUCUCAUCCCCUGGUUCGGCGUGCACGACUCUUACCUAGGCGGCUACGAGCGCGACGUGGCGCCCGCGAUCGCCAUCUUUUUACUCGGUUGGACGAUCUUCACUUUCAUGAUGUGGUUUGGGACGUUGCGGGCCAACGUCGUCAUCAGCGCCUUGUUCGCUUUUUUGACAAUCACUUUUCUACUGCUCACCAUCGCCGAAUACAAAGGCGCAGAAGGUCAUCGCAUCAAGCGGGCUGGAGGAUUCUUCGGCAUCUUCACCGCCAUCAUCGCGUGGUAUCUCGCAUUAGCUGGAUUGUUGACACGCGAAAACUCUCUCUUCACUCUUCCGGUUGGAAACCUCAACAAAUGCCGCCAUGGUUGAGCUUCGCGAUGUGAGGAACUCGGUCUCCGUGUUCGCACCGCAGGAUCUGCACAGCAAUUCUGACUACACUUGAAGACGCCGCAUCACAUGGGCGUCUGUCUCCUGUACCUCACUCACUCAGAUUGUUGUGGUCUUUUUUUUCUCUCUUUUUAAUUUUUUAAUUUUUUAUUUUUGCAAAGUUUAUUUUAUUUUAUUUUAUUUUGCCUUUCUGUACAGUGUGGGAUGCACCCAGCUGAACAACUUCGAAUGCUCAUAGUUGACACGGUGUAAAGUUAUUUCUAGCAUUAA